AAAAAACAAGGAAAUAAAAAAGGUGAAAUUGAGAAGAGGAGAGUUAAAAAAAAUGAUUGCUUAAUAAUUAUAAAAAGUAAUUAACUGAAAAGAUCAUCAUUUAGUUUUAGUACUGUAAGUACUAACUCGUAACUAAUUAUUUAUUUAAAAUUGUGUAUGGCUAAGUUUCUUGAUUAUGGGUCUGCCUAUGCGUAAUUUUCAAAAUAUUUCUUUGUGGAGUUUGUGACGAAUUUUUAACAACAAUUUUCAUGGUAUUUUUCAUCUGUAUUUGUGAUUUUUAUGAAAUUCAUUCCAAAUAUCAACAAAGCUGGCUCAACAUACAGGAAUGGUGAGACUGCUCCGAUCGACACAAGUACUUUUGGCGGUGCUUUGUUUCGUAUCAGUUGUGCUAUGUCUAAUGAUUUAUUUGCCAACACGAUUUAUUUCGACCGCGCCAACAGUUAUUCAACAGCACGCAAGUCUUUAUUUAACUGGAACGUCAAAUGUUACCGAAGACAUAUCCACGUUACACAAUAACAAUGGAUCAGCGAUUUCAUCUUACUCAAAGGCGCAAACAGUUGGAGUGCCAGCAGCGCACGAGCCUGUUGGAGUUGCAGGUGGAACCGGUCUUGUUCCCAUUACAUUGUCAACGCUUACAAAUGUAUCAUCUACAUCGGCUAAAGCCAAAUAUUCAGAUGUACAAUCAUCGACUGCAGCUAUAAAAACGGCUGAAAAAGUUGAGAAAGCUGAGAAAGUAGCGGUUGAACCAAAAAGUAAUAUUCAAUCAAUGAUACCAGACAACACAAUACACGGAGUAUUAGCAAGUAGCAUCUACGAAGCGGGACACACGGAUUCGAAUCCAGGACUAUGUCCCAAACUGGGUGCAAAUAUUCAUCUGUUAGCAUUAGUAAUGAGUGCACCAAAUCAUUUUACUGCACGUCAAGCAAUCCGUCAAACAUGGGGCCAUUAUGCAAUGCGUCGUGACGUUGCUAUUGGAUUUUUAUUAGGUGCAACGCAAAACGAUAAAAAACUGGAAGUGGAUUUAAAUGUGGAACAACAGUUGUAUGGUGAUUUAAUUCGUGGACGUUUUAUCGAUACUUACAAUAAUUUAACAUUGAAAACCAUUUCGAUGUUGGAAUGGGUUGAUAAUUUUUGUCCAAAAACAAAAUUCGUACUAAAAACCGAUGACGACAUGUUUAUAAACAUAAAUAAAUUACUUUUAUUUAUCAACAAACACACCACAACAGGUGCAUGUAAACCAGUGAUUUAUGGACGUUUAGCAAAGAAAUGGAAACCAAUCCGUAAUGCGAAAUCAAAAUAUUACGUUUCGCUACAACAAUACAGCUCACCAGUCUUCCCAGAUUUUACAACAGGUCCUGCAUACUUGAUGUCAACAUGCAGCGUACAUGACUUGUAUGAAGCCGCCCUCAACCAUACAUAUUUAAAGUUAGAGGAUGUGUUCACAACCGGCAUUGUGGCACAUCAAUUAGGUAUUAAGCGCGUUCACGCUUAUGAAUUUUUAAAUAAACGGAUUGCAUUCAAUCCGUGUAACAUACAAAAAGCAAUUAGUAUCCAUAUGGUUAAAUAUAAUGAACAAUUUGAUCUAUGGAAGAAACUAUUAGACGGCAAAACUAAGUGUAAGUAGUCACUUAGUCAGUCACUAUCAACACUAAAAACUAACUCUAACCUAACUUUAAGUAGCUUAUUUUAUAAAAAUCAUACGUUUCGAUACCAACUUGUAUUCGUCAUCAGUAUCAACUAUCAAUUUUAUUUUUAUUUAUACAAUUACAUCUAAGUAAUUAUUGUCUUAUUAGGAACGAGCUAAUUUUGAUGAAUAAAACACUAUGGGACAUCCGGUUGGAGCUAUGUUCCUAUCGUAUUUUCGUAUAUUAUAAAUGUAGCGCUUACUUUUUUAUUCACAUGUUCAAUUUUGUAAGAUCAUUAACAAUUAAUUAAAUGAGUCUGAUCUUUAGUAACUUCUAAUUACUGUUAAUAGAUGGCGUUUUUAUAACCCUGUAUUUAUGUAAUAUAUAUCAAGGUACACUAACUUCAGUCGCCAUCUUGUUUUUUAAUGAAAAAUCCACAAAA